UCCACAACAGGGGAGUUUGUUUACAAAAUUAUCUUGUAUGGUGUGAGAGAAGCAGCCACAAUUAUCUAUUAUCAUCGGCGACACCAUGGCUUACGAGAAGACAGACCCCGAUGACAGCGUGGUUAGCGAGGGGUGGGGACGGCGGCGAGGGGGCGAGCAUGACCCCUACUUUGAAUCAGUGGUGACCUCGCGGGAAGUCUUCGUGGUCAGUGAUGAUGACCAAGAGGAGGAAAUGAUGACUGAAUUUCUAGGUCAGGUCAGGCGGUGCAAGCUGUUUCAUUACCACACCUCUGAGUCUCCCCCAGAGUGGAAGGAACGGAGCACAGGGGACAUUAAGAUCUUGAGGAACAAGCAGAAGGUGGCUGUUUGCCCCAGCCAAAGCAAAGACCUUGGUGCUGUCAGUGGGGGUCCAAACACGGCAGGUCCCACCUGGGCGGCAGUGGGGACAGAAGGGUCACCAAGGGCAGGUGGAUGCAGCAGGCCAGCAUCCGGUCCUCCUGUGGUGGAUCUUGGGCCCUCACCAGUAACAAAGUCCAGGAGCUUCUGUGCAGGUUUCUGAUGGGGGACAUGCUGCCUGCCAAGUUGAUGGAGUCCCCAUCCACCUGCUUGCUUCUGUCGAGUUCCCGAACCUCCGAAGACUUUGAGCGUCUGACCGUCAUGAAGGGCAACGCAGUCCUGCUCAAGACAGAAUUACCUCCAUUGGUGUUGGAGGAGGACUAGAAAGAGAUAAUUAGUGGGCUGUGUGUGGUGAGCCAUGCGUUGUCUCUGAAGGUGACCCCCACAGCCACACACCACCAGCAGGAGAGAGUAUCCUCCUCCUCCUCCAGCAGCUGGCCAGGGUGCAAGGGCAGGCUGAACAAGCAGAUGGUGAUGGAGAGGGUGGCCAGCUUGUCUCUCCCUCCUGCUGGCCAGCCUCAGCAUGGUGGUGGCCGCCACGCAUGGCACACGGGCAACUGCUGCUGCAGCCACAUUGCUGAGGGACAAGUCCCUGCACAUGUCCAGGACAUGCAGGUGACAGGAACGUGUCCUGCCGGAGGGAGCAGUGCUGUGGUAGGACCCCAGAGUCUGCUGCUGUGCUGGGAGGAGAGAAACAGCAGCAGCAGUAGUAGUAGUAGUAGUAGUAGCAGCAGCAGCAGCAGCAGCAGCAGCAGCAGCAUAAGUAUUCAGCAAUGGUGAAGUUCUGCUGCAGUCAAUGGUGCAGCUGUUCACUCCUCCAGAGCUGUCUUCCCUCACCUGCAAUAAACAGCUAUGAACACCACCUCCUGUGAUGAAUAACACUGAAUAACACCUUUCACCUGCAUCAACAACACCUUAACUUCACACUGAUGCAAUCCCCUCCUCUCUCUCUCUCUCUCUCUCUCUCUCUCUCUCUCUCUCUCUCUCUCUCUCUCUCUCUCUCUCUCUCUCUCUCUCUCUCUCUCUCUCUCUCUCUCUCUCUCUCUCUAUCUCAGCCCACAGCCACACAGUAUGUCCCCCACAUUAUGUUUACAAACCCACAGUAACUCCCCACAGCCCCCCACCAAUAGCUGUCCCCCUCUCUCACACACCCACACAGCGUUACAUAUGCAAACGCUGCAUCUUAAACUCUACCUACAAUAAAGAAUGGACACAAAA